AUGAACGACGACGAAAACACCAAAAAAACUAGCCGUCUUAUAGGUUUUGUGGCCUUGGGCUUAUCCUUCAUGCUGUAUGCCGUGUUUGUACUGGUUAUGUUCUUCAUGAUGACCGACACGUACAUAUUCUGGGCAUGGUGGUGGGCCCUGGUGAUAGUGGCCGGUAUCAUCGGAACAGCCGUGGUGACAUUCCUGCUCAAAGGGCUUAUCGGCCUGAUAGUAAAUGUUCUCCUGUUUCUUGUCAUACUCGUGUGCAUAUUCUUGCAAUACUGGUUCAGAACAGAAAGAGUGCUCGUCCUGGGUUCUAUGGACGAUGCGGUGAAGAAGUUCUCCGCUGCAAGUGCUGAAGAGUUAAGCACAAGCUUCUUUGAAAAGCAUCCGCGGCGGGUUAUCAUCUUUGUUGGCGGUACAGACGGAGGUGGUGCUAAGUCGAAGCCGCCAGCUGAGAGCGGAGAGGAGAACACCCAAGAAGAAGCGGGAGGAGAUGAUGCUGCGGAAAAGGCUAGUAUUAGUGUGGAUGACCUGAAGAAGGCAAUAAAAACAAAUUUGGAGAAAGCCGGUAAGGAAAAGGAAAAGAAAAUACAUACUAUAGAACUUGAUGACAAGCUCAAAUACGAGACUGGAAAGACGAAAAAUGCCAAGAACAUUGUCGAUGCGGUUUCUAAAACCAAAUAUGCGUCUCAGAUCAAGGAGGGUAUGAUUGAGUUUCCUAAAAAUAUGAAUUUUGGUGCUGCGUUUGAGGAGGGAGAGGGAGCGAAGAACGGAAUAACAGUAGAAAAACUUGCAAGUGACUAUAAGAUAGAGAAGAAAGAAAAAACAAGUUAGAAAGCAAGUUGCGG